AGGUGGUUUGACUUUUGUGAGUCUCUUCCUCUCUCAUCACACUCUACCAUCUCCAUCAUUCAGAAAUUCAGUCAUUUUGAAACUGAACAGCACACAGCAUGGAGCUCUCUCCUGUGGGCCUGCUGCUUGUGCUGAUCUUGUGUUCCUACUCAGGACGUGCUGCAGAGACUCCCAAAGCUGUUCUGGUGCUGGAUCCUGACCAAACACAGUUCUACACUGGAGAGUCUGUCACUCUCAGAUGCAACAUAGAGGGACAGGACACGUCAGGGUGGAGGUUCAACUGGCGUAAAGAUUAUGGUCAGGUUUACCCACGAGUAGGCUGGAGUGACAAGAAUGAAUACACACUACAGCCUCUGCAUGUGUCCCAUAGUGGUGACUACACCUGCCAGGGUCUCAAAAGUGACAUAUACAGCAGAGGGAAUGAGAAAGUGAAACUGCAAGUAUCAGCUCUGCCCACACCUAAACUAACUGUAGAGCCUCAGAGUCCUGUGUAUGUUGGAGAGACAGUCACUCUGAAGUGUGAAGUACAGUCUGACAGGAACUGGAAGUAUGUGUGGUAUGAGGACUGGUCUGGUAAUGUUCUGUUUGAGUCUGACGAGAACACACACACCAUCACAGCUGAGACUUACGAGAAGUAUUACUGGUGUCAGGUAAAGCUGAAAGAUCUAUCAUCACAGAUGAGUGAAAUAACAUAUGUUGAAGUUAAAGAUCCCCCUUUAGCUACGGUGGCUGUAGAGUCUCCUCAGCCUCCCUUCUAUGCUGGAGAGACAGUCACUCUGAGGUGUGAUAUAGCAGAGUACACAGACUGGUAUUGGUAUACCUGGUACAAAGACAAUCAGAUAUCCAGACAGAACAGGAAGACCAACACCAUUCCUCUCCCUUACUAUGCUGGCCAGCACACAUGCAAAGGGUGGAGUAGAGGUCGGCCGAGGAAUUCUCAGCGCAGUACAUCUUUCUCUAUCAGUGUCACCGCCCUGCCUACACCUACACUGAGUGUGCAGCCAGAGACUCCUGUGUUCACUGGAGAGGAAGUCACUCUGAAGUGUGAGAUUGAGCCUGAGGGUGUCUGGAAGUAUAAGUGGUAUAAAGACGGGGACAGAGAUGGACUUUCUCAGGGGGACACCAACACAUUCACCAUCAGAAGAGCUGCUGAGUCUCAUAAGGGUCAGUACUGGUGUCAGGGGGAGAGGAGAGACAGACCCACAUCAUCACAACCAAGCAGGAGAACAACUCUUACUUUCAAAGCUCUGUCCACAGCUACAGUAACUGUAGAGUCUCCUGAGGGUCCAUACUACCCUGGAGAUGAGGUCACUCUGAGGUGUGACAUAGCAGAGUACACAGACUGGUAUUCAUAUAACUGGAACAUUACUGGUCAUCCCGGUGAUCCAGUUAACCAUAAGAACAAUCAAACCAUCACCAUCACUCUGCCAGAUAAAAUUAACCAGUCCCUGUACACAUGUGAUGGAUUCAGAUACAGUAGACCACAUUAUUCCCAGAGCAGUGACCCUCUAUCAAUCGGUGUACGAGAGCUGCCUUUGGCUACACUGACUGUAGAGCCCCAGAAUCCUGUGUUCACUGGAGAGAACGUCACUCUGAAGUGUGUGAUAGAGUCUCUCAGUGGCUGGACAUAUAAGUGGUAUAAGGAGUCCAGCAGAACCCCAGUGUCUGAGGGAAACACCUUCACCAUCAGAGGAUCUGCUGAGUCUCAUGAGGGCCAGUACUGGUGUCAGGGGGAGAAGAGACACAGACCCACAUCAUCACAACCAAGCAGGAGAAUAACUCUUGAUGUUAAAGACUCAAAGCCCAAACUCACAUUAAGUCCAGACCACCAGCUCUUCACAGGAGACUCAGUGACUCUGACAUGUGAGUUGGGUGUUUCCUCUGGUUUGGUGUUCUACUGGUACAGAGACACACAGACCUCUGAUCCUGUGAACCAGACUAAUGGAAACUCCUACAGCAUCAGCUCUGUUAAAGUGUCUGAUGGAGGACAGUACUGGUGCAGAGCUGGGAGAGGAGACCCAGUCUUCUAUACUCAAUAUAGUGGUGCAGUUGAGAUAACAGUUACAGAAAGGCCAAAACCGAUCAUUACCCUGAAAUCAAACAGGACAGAGUUCUUCAGUGUUGAGGAGGUCUCUCUCAGAUGUGUCAUAAGGAGUGGGGAGAUCAGUGACUGGGAGUACAGAUGGUUCAGGGAUGGAGUGAGAGUUCACCGUUAUAGCGCCUAUGAAAUUAAUCCAAUCCAGAGUGGUCGCUAUACAUGUAAAGGGAAAAGAAAACAUGAUAUGAAACCAUCAGAAGAAAGUGAUGCUGUUGGUAUUACAAUUUAUUCUGAGAAAGCCAAGGCAGUUCUGAGUUCCCUCUCACAGACCUGGCUGACUGAAGGAGACUCAGUGACUCUGAGCUGUGAGGUUAGAGGCUCCACUACAGGCUGGAGAUUCCACUGGUACAAGACUGCCCCCUACAGGCCUGAGUUGACAUAUAUCUCACAUGAAAGCAGAGCAUAUUCAGUAGAGAUGCUCUCAGACAGUAUCAGAGGAGCUGGAGGCUCCUACACUCUCAGCCCUGCUGCUCUUAGACACACAGGGGUUUAUGUGUGCAGAGCAGAGAGAGGAGAGCCAGCCUAUCACACAGAGUUCAGCCAACCUCAGCCUCUCUGGAUCACAGGUUUGUCUCUGGCUUCUGUGAGCAUCCAUUCAAAUUGGACCCAGAUCUUUACAUCUGAGCCUCUCUCCCUGAACUGUGGGGUUCAGGGCAACUCUACUGGAUGGAGACUGAGGUGGUUCACAGGCAGAGGAGGAGAAUCAAAGUGUCCCACUGACUGGAGAUCAGAAACAGGAUCCAGCUGCAGCAUCAGCUCAGCAUCUCCAUCAGACAGUGGAGUGUACUGGUGUCAGUCUGAGUCUGGAGAGCAGAGUAAUUCUGUCAACAUCACAGUGCACAAUGGUAAUGAGAUCCUGGAGAGUCCUGUCCAUCCUGUGACUGCGGGAGAUCCUCUGACUCUGCGCUGUAGAUAUCGCUAUCAGCCAUCAAACAUCAGUGCUGACUUCUAUAAAGAUGGGACACUCCUGCAGACCUCCACCACAGGAGAGAUGACCAUCCCUGCAGUCUCAAAGUCACAUGAAGGCCUCUAUAAGUGCAGCAACCCAGAGAGAGGAGAGUCACCAGAGAGCUGGGUCGCAGUCAAAGAUGCUGGGACCUCCAUGUUGGUGGUAGCAGUGGGUGUGGUGAUUGGACUGCUUGUUGCCUUUGCUCUGGUCAUUUUACUGGUCCUGCUAUAUCGCUCCCAAAAAGCAAAGGGUUCAGCUUCAGUGAUACCAAACCUUGGUCCACAGCAGAGCAACAGUCACAGUUCAACCUCACAGAAAAGAGUUUUAGGUGGUGCUGUGGCCGGAACUGAUGAUGCGGUCUAUGCAGAGAUUGAGUUGAGGGAUACAGACAACAACAAGGAAGAAGCCAAGAGAGGUGCAUCAAUGUCAGACCCUCUGUACUCCCUCCUGGGGCCAGUGAAGAGUCCAGCCAAGAGAGGUGCAGCAAUGUCAGACCCUCUGUACUCCCUCCUGGGGCCAGUGAAGAGUCCAGUAGUCUCAGAUGGAGGUGGGGAUGGAUCCAGUGAUGUGACGUAUGCCAAAGUUAACAAAUUUAAACACAGGAAACAAGAUUCAGGUGGACCCGUGGAUGUCACAUAUGCUGAUGUACAGAUUAAGAUCAAACCACUGGGCAGUAGAGUGCUGUGCCUGUACUCCUACUCUGGACAUGCUGCAGAUCCCACUAUACCUACAGCAGCUAUAGUGUCUCCUCAGCCUCCCUUCUAUCCUGGAGAUAAGGUCACUCUGAGGUGUGAUAUAGCAGAGUACACAGACUGGUAUUGGUAUACCUGGUACAGAAACAUAUAUUCCAUCCAAAAUAGGAGAAGUCGAGCCAUCAACAUUUCCCUCCCUGAUCGAGCAGGCCAGUACCAGUACACAUGUGAAGGGAGUAGAGGAAUGAGGCCAACGACUUCCCAGCGUAGUACUCCUGCCUCUAUCAUUGUAACAGCUUUUCCAGUGCCUACUCUGACAGUACAACCCAGCCCUCUGUUCACUGGAGAAACAGUCACUCUGACAUGUGCAAUACAGCCUUCAAUUGGCUGGAUAUAUCAAUGGGAUAUUCUCGGGUCAAUCAGAACCUCUGAACCAAACAGCAACACCUACAUCAUCAACAGAGCCAACAGAGCUGUGUCUGAUCAGGGGGAGUAUUGGUGCUCAGGAGUGAGAGAGAGAAGCAGGAAAUCAUCACCUUUCAGCAACACUGUUCAGCUUAAAGUGGAAGAGCUGCCUUUGGCUACACUGACUGUAGAUCCCCAGAGUCCUGUGUUCACUGGAGAGACGGUCACUCUGAAGUGUGUGAUAGAGUCUCUCAGUGGCUGGACAUAUAAGUGGUAUAAGGGGUCCAGCAGAACCCCAGUGUCUGAGGGAAACACCUUCACCAUCAGAGGAGCUGCUGAGUCUCAUAAGGGCCAGUACUGGUGUCAGGGGGAGAGGGGAGACAGACCCACAUCAUCACAGCCAAGCAGGAGAAUAACUCUUGAUGUUAAAGGUCUGCCAGUCCCUACAGUGUCUGUGGACAUUCAUCCAGGACAGGCACAAAAUUUCAGUUCCUUCAUCCUGUUAGCUGUGGGAGUGGUGCUGGCAAUGUCCUAUUUAGUCUUUUGGCUGCAUCGCUCUAAAGAUCUCACAGGCCUAUGUUUGACCACUACAACAGAAGACCAACAGCAGCAGAACCAGAGGACCAAUCAGAGUUCAGAUCAGGACCAGAGUCAUUCUGCAGGAAGGGAGGGUUCUCACUCAGAGUAUAUGCCUCUGCAGAAGAGAAGUACAGAUGUCUAUGACACUAUCACACCCCUGUACAUGCCAUUGCAGAAAGGUGCUACAGAUAUCUAUGAGACAUUGAAAUCAUCCAACGACUCUCAAGAAGAUGAAGAGGAGGGAUAUGAAGAUGUGAUUCCCUCAGACACUCGAGCAGAGGAAACAGAGUACGUGUCUAUUGCUGUGCAAGAGGAGUCGAUCAGAAACUGGACAGCACACAGCAUGGAGCUCUCUCCUGUGGGCCUGCUGCUUGUGCUGAUCUUGUGUCCCUUCUCUGGACAUACAGCAGGGCAAGGGACUUCCAAAGCUGUUCUGGUGCUGGAUCCUGACCAAACACAGUUCUACAGAGGAGAGUCCGUCACUCUCAGAUGCAGCAUAGAGGGACAGGACACGUCAGGCUGGAAGUUCCUCUGGCGUAGAGAUGGUAAAAAUUACCCACAACAACGCUGGAGUGACAAGAAUGAAUACACAACACAGCUUCUGGAUGUGUCCCAUAGUGGUGACUACAUUUGCCACGGUGUCAAAGAUAAGGAAUACAGCGAAUGGAGUAAGAGAGUGAAACUGCAAGUGUCUGCCCUGCCCACUCCUACAGUGACCGUAGAGCCAGAGAGUUCUGUGUAUGUUGGAGAGAGAGUCACUCUGAAGUGUGAGAUACAGUCUGAGAGUGACUGGACGUAUAAGUGGUUUAAAGGCUCCAUCAGUGAUCAUCUCUCUCAGCCUGACACCAGCACACUGACCAUCACAGCAGCAGCCAAGUCUGAUGAGAGUAGUUACUGGUGUCAGGGAGAGAUGAGAGGCAGAGCUGUGUCUUCACUGAUGAGUGGAAGUCUUUAUGUUUUUGUUAAAGCCCUGCCCACUCCUACAGUGACCAUAGAGCCAGAGAGUUCUGUGUUUGUUGGAGAGAGAGUCACUCUGAAGUGUGAGAUACAGUCUGAGAGUGACUGGACAUAUAAGUGGUUUAAAGGCUCCAGCAGUGAUCAUCUCUCUCAGCCUGACACCAGCACACUGACCAUCACAGCAGCAGCCAAGUCUGAUGAGAGUCGUUACUGGUGUCAGGGAGAGAUGAGAGGCAGAGCUGUGCCUUCACUGAUGAGUGGAAGUCUUUAUGUUUUUGUUAAAGCUCUGCCCACAGCUGCAGUAACUGUAGAGUCUCCUGAGGGUCCAUACUACCCUGGAGAUGAGGUCACUCUGAGGUGUGACAUAGCAGAGUACACAGACUGGUAUUGGUAUUACUGGCGCAGAGGUAAUGAUAACAUUCCCAAUCAGAAUAAACAAUCCAUCACCAUUGCCCACCCUGACCAAGCUGGCCAGUACCAGUACACAUGUGAAGGGAGUAGACAAAAUAGACCAAAAACUUCCCAGCAUAGUACUCCUGUCUCUGUCAGAGUAAGAGCUUUUCCAGUGCCUACUCUGACAGUACAACCCAGCCCUGUGUUCACUGGAGAAACAGUCACUCUGACAUGUGGAAUACAGCCCUCAAGUGGCUGGACAUAUCAGUGGAAUAUUCUCGGGUCAAUCAAACCCUCUGAGACAAACACCUACAUCAUCAGCAGAGCCACUGUGUCUGAUCAGGGGGAGUAUUGGUGCUAUGGAGUGAGAGAGAGAAGCAGGAAAUCAACAUAUUACAGCAACACUGUUCAAUUUACAGUGAAUGCUCUGCCCACAGCUGCAGUAACUGUAGAGUCUCCUGAGGGUCCAUACUACCCUGGAGAUGAGGUCACUCUGAGGUGUGACAUAGCAGAGUACACAGACUGGUAUUGGUAUUACUGGCGCAGAGGUAAUGAUAACAUUCCCAAUCAGAAUAAACAAUCCAUCACCAUUGCCCACCCUGACCAAGCUGGCCAGUACCAGUACACAUGUGAAGGGAGUAGACAAAAUAGACCAAAAACUUCCCAGCAUAGUACUCCUGUCUCUGUCAGUGUAAGAGAGCUGCCUUUGGCUACACUGACUGUAGAGCCCCAGAGUCCUGUGUUCACUGGAGAGAACGUCACUCUGAAGUGUGUGAUAGAGUCUCUCAGUGGCUGGACAUAUAAGUGGUAUAAGGGGUCCAGCAGAACCCCAGUGUCUGAGGGAAACACCUUCACCAUCAGAGGAGCUGCUGAGUCUCAUAAGGGCCAGUACUGGUGUCAGGGGGAGAGGACACACAGACCCACAUCAUCACAACCAAGCAGGAGAAUAACUCUUGAUGUCAAAGCUUUGCCCACAGCUACAGUAACUGUAGAGUCUCCUAAGGAUCCAUACUACCCUGGAGAUAAGGUCACUCUGAGGUGUGUCAUAGCAGAGCACACAGACUGGGAUCAGUAUAACUGGUACAGAGACGAGGUUUCCAUUCAAAAUGAGGAAAGUCAACAACAUAAUCGUCAAUCCAUCACCAUUUCCCUCCCUGAUCAAGCUGGCUUGUACCAGUACACAUGUGAAUGGAGUAGUAGAAAUAGUCCAAAGACUUCCCAGUGCAGUACUCCUGCCUCUAUCACUGUAAAAGAUCUGCCCACAGCUACAGUAACUGUAGUGUCUCCUGAGGAUCCAUACUACCCUGGAGAUGUGGUCACUCUGAGGUGUGACAUAGCAGAGCACACAGACUGGCAUGGGUAUUACUGGUACAGAAACAGAUAUUCCAUUCAAAAUAGGAGAAGUCGAGCCAUCACCAUUUCCCUCCCUGAUCAAGCUGGCUUGUACCAGUACACAUGUGAAGGGAGAAGCAGAAAUAGUCCAAAGACUUCCCAGCGUAGUACUCCUGCCUCUAUCACUGUAAAAGCUCUGCCUUUGGCUACACUGACUGUAGAUCCCCAGAGUCCUGUGUUCACUGGAGAGAACGUCACUCUGAAGUGUGUGAUAGAGUCUCUCAGUGGCUGGACAUAUAAGUGGUAUAAGGAGUCCAGCAGAACCCCAGUGUCUGAGGGAAACACCUUCACCAUCAGAGGAGCUGCUGAGUCUCAUAAGGGCCAGUACUGGUGUCAGGGGGAGAGGAGACACAGACCCACAUCAUCACAACCAAGCAGGAGAAUAACUCUUGAUGUCAAAGCUCUGCCCACAGCUGCAGUAACUGUAGAGUCUCCUGAGGGUCCAUACUACCCUGGAGAUGAGGUCACUCUGAGGUGUGACAUAGCAGAGUACACAGACUGGUAUUGGUAUUACUGGCGCAGAGGUAACGAUAACAUUCCCAAUCAGAAUAAACAAUCCAUCACCAUUGCCCACCCUGACCAAGCUGGCCAGUACCAGUACACAUGUGAAGGGAGUAGACAAAAUAGACCAAAAACUUCCCAGCAUAGUACUCCUGUCUCUGUCAGUGUAAGAGCUUUUCCAGUGCCUACUCUGACAGUACAACCCAGCCCUGUGUUCACUGGAGAAACAGUCACUCUGACAUGUGGAAUACAGCCCUCAAGUGGCUGGACAUAUCAGUGGAAUAUUCUCGGGUCAAUCAAACCCUCUGAGACAAACACCUACAUCAUCAGCAGAGCCACUGUGUCUGAUCAGGGGGAGUAUUGGUGCUAUGGAGUGAGAGAGAGAAGCAGGAAAUCAACAUAUUACAGCAGCACUGUUCAAUUUACAGUGAAUGAGCUGCCUUUGGCUACACUGACUGUAGAGCCCCAGAGUCCUGUGUUCACUGGAGAGAACGUCACUCUGAAGUGUGUGAUAGAGUCUCUCAGUGGCUGGACAUAUAAGUGGUAUAAGGAGUCCAGCAGAACCCCAGUGUCUGAGGGAAACACCUUCACCAUCAGAGGAGCUGCUGAGUCUCAUAAGGGCCAGUACUGGUGUCAGGGGGAGAGGAGACACAGACCCACAUCAUCACAACCAAGCAGGAGAACAACUAUUGAUGUUAAAGCUCUGCCCACAGCUACAGUAACUGUAGAGUCUCCUAAGGAUCCAUACUACCCUGGAGAUAAGGUCACUCUGAGGUGUGUCAUAGCAGAGCACACAGACUGGCAUGGGUAUUACUGGUACAGAAACAGAUAUUUUAUUCAAAAUGGGGGAAGUCGAGCCAUCACCAUUUCCCUCCCUGAUCAAGCUGGCUUGUACCAGUACACAUGUGAAGGGAGUAGCAGAAAUAGUCCAAAGACUUCCCAGCGCAGUACUCCUGCCUCUAUCACUGUAAAAGCCUUCCCAGUGCCUACAUUGACAGUAAAACCCAAUCCUGUGUUCACUGGAGAAUCAGUCACUCUGACAUGUGGAAUACAGCCUUCAACUGGCUGGUCAUAUGCAUGGAAUAACCCUCCGUCAUCCAAAGCCUCUGAGACCAACAGCAACACCCUCACCAUCAGCGGAGCCGCUGUGUCUGAUCAGGGGGAGUAUGGGUGCUAUGGAGUGAGAGAGGGAAGCAGGAAAACAUCACCUUACAGCACUGUUCAGCUUACAGUGAAAUAUCUGCCCACAGCUGCAGUAACUGUAGUGUCUCCUGAGGGUCCAUACUACCCUGGAGAUGUGGUCACUCUGAGGUGUGACAUAGCAGAGUACACAGACUGGUAUGGGUAUUACUGGUACAGAAACAUAUAUUCCAUCCAAAAUAGGAGAAGUCGAGCCAUCACCAUUUCCCUCCCUGAUCAAGCUGGCUUGUACCAGUACACAUGUGAAGGGAGAAGCAGAAAUAGUCCAAAGACUUCCCAGCGCAGUACUCCUGCCUCUAUCACUGUAAAAGCUCUGCCUUUGGCUACACUGACUGUAGAGCCCCAGAGUCCUGUGUUCACUGGAGAGAAAGUCACUCUGAAGUGUGUGAUAGAGUCUCUCAGUGGCUGGACAAAUAAGUGGUAUAAGGGGUCCAGCAGAACCCCAGUGUCUGAGGGAAACACCUUCACCAUCAGAGGAGCUGCUGAGUCUCAUAAGGGCCAGUACUGGUGUCAGGGGGAGAAGAGACACAGACCCACAUCAUCACAACCAAGCAGGAGAAUAACUCUUGAUGUCAAAGACUCAAAGCCAAAACUCACAUUAAGUCCAGGCCACCAUCUCCUCACAGGAGACUCAGUGACUCUGAAAUGUGAGUUGGGUGUUUCCUCUGGUUUGGUGUUCUACUGGUACAGAAACACACAGGCCUCUGAUCCUGUGGCCCAGACUGGUGGAAACUCCUACAGCAUCAGCUCUGUUAAAGUCUCUGAUGGAGGACAGUACUGGUGCAGAGCUGGGAGAGGAGACCCAGUCUUCUAUACUCAAUAUAGUGGUGCAGCUGAGAUAACAGUUACAGAAAGACCUAAACCCAUCAUUACCCUGAAAUCAAACUGGACAGAGUUCUUCAAUGGAGAGAAGGUCUCUCUUAGAUGUGACUUUAAGAGUGGGAAGAUCAGUGACUGGAAGUACAGCUGGUUUAGGGAUGGCAAGGAUGACAACAGUUAUAGAGUUCAUCAGCCUGUGGAGGGAUAUAAAGUCAAUCCAUUGAAAAGUGGUAACUAUACUUGUAAAGGACAAAGGGAACGUGAUCAAAAACUAUCAGAAGAAAGUCAUGCUUUCGCUAUUACAAUUCAUUCUGGGAAAGCCCAGGCAGUUCUGAAUUCCCUCUCACAGACCUGGCUGACUAAAGGAGACUCAGUGACUCUGAGCUGUGAGGUUAGAGGCUCUACUGAAGGCUGGAGAUUCCACUGGUACAAGAAUGCCCCCUAUAGACCCGGGUUCCCUCAAGUGUUUCAUGAAAGCAGUGGAUAUUAUGUAGAGCUGGUGUCAGACAGCAUCAGAGGAGCUGGAGGAUCCUACACUCUCAGCCCUGCUGCUCUUAGACACACAGGGGUUUAUGUGUGCAGAGCAGAGAGAGGAGAGCCAGCCUAUCACACAGAGUUCAGCCAACCUCAGCCUCUCUGGCUCACAGGUAUGUCUCUGGCUUCUGUGAUCAUUCAUUCAAACUGGACCCAGAUCUUUACAUCUGAGCCUCUCUCCCUGAGCUGUGGGGUUCAGGGCAACUCUACUGGAUGGAGACUGAGGUGGUUCACAGGCAGAGGAGGAGAAUCACUGUGUCCCACUGACUGGAGAUCAGAAACAGGAUCCAACUGCAGCAUCAGCUCAGCAUCUCAAUCAGACAGUGGAGUUUACUGGUGUCAGUCUGAGUCUGGAGAGCAGAGUAAUCCUGUCAACAUCACAGUGCAUACUGGUAAUGUGAUCCUGGAGAGUCCUGUCCAUCCUGUGACUGAGGGAGAUCCUCUGACUCUGCGCUGUAAAUAUUGCGACCAGCCAUCACACAUCAGUGCUGACUUCUAUAAAGAUGGGACACUCCUGCAGACCUCCACCACAGGAGAGAUGACCAUCCCUGCAGUUUCAAAGUCACAUGAAGGCCUCUAUAAGUGCAGGAUCCCAAAGAGAGGAGAGUCACCAGAGAGCUGGAUCAUAAAGGUGCAUGCAAUUCCAGCCUCAAAUUCCGAAUCUAUCGAGCCAAUGGCAGUGAAGGUGGUCACUGGACUGGUUGUCAUCUCUGCCAUGCUUAGACUAUCAGUUUGGAUGUAUGGUUUAAAGAAGCCACAAGGACCUGCCACACAGGCAUCUGUGCUGGGUCAGCAAUGCCAGAACACCAAUCAGAAUCCGGACCAGAGUCAGCCUGGAGGAAGUAAUGGGGCUGCAUCAGAAUAUGUGCCAAUGAAAAGAGUUAUAGAUACUACACAUACCUAUGCCAACCUCAACCUAAAGUGUGUGCCUCAGCAAAGAGCCCUCAGUUCAUGUGUUAUCACUGAACAAACAACAAAAGGUGAGUAUCUUGCUCCCCCUACAGCCAGAGUGGUGGUGGUGUCACCCCAGAGUCCUUUUUACUCUGGAGAGUUAGUUACUCUGAGGUGUGACAUAGCAAAGUACUCAGACUGGCAACAGUAUUCCUGGUUCAGAGACAACAGACCAGUUCCAGACGGGAACAGUGAGACCAUCACCAUCACACUCCCACAAGAGGCUGGUCAGUACCAGUGCUCUGGACAGAGAGAGGACCGUCCCCAGACAUCAUCUACAAGUCAAUCUACUGAAAUGACAUAUCAUGAAAAAACAAAGACAGUUCUUAGAGGACCUCCACAGACCUGGCUGACUGAAGGAGACUCAGUGACUCUGAGCUGUGAGGUCAAAGGCUCCACUACAGGCUGGAGAUUCCACUGGUACAAGACUGCCUCCUACAGGCCUGAGUUGACAUAUAUCAUACAUGAAAACAGAGGAUAUUCUAUAGAGCUGGUGUCAGACAGCAUCAGAGGAGCUGGAGGCUCCUACACUCUCAGCCCUGCUGCUCUUAGACACACAGGGGUUUAUGUGUGCAGAGCAGAGAGAGGAGAGCCAGCCUAUCACACAGAGUUCAGCCAACCUCAGCCUCUCUGGGUCUCAGGUCUUUCACCUCCAGCUUCUCUGGUUGAACGUCCCAAUACAAAUCAACAUUUUACAUAUCAGUUUCUCUCCCUGAGCUGUGAGGGGAGUGGGAACUCUACUGGAUGGAGACUGAGAUGGUUCUCGAGAAUGACGGAGCGAGAAUCGUGCCCCUUUAAAUGGAUCUCAGAGGCAGGAUUCAGGUGCAGCAUCAGAUCAGCACUUCGAUCACACAGUGGAGUGUACUGGUGUCAGUCUGAGUCUGGAGAUCAGAGUAAUCCUGUCAACAUCACAAUGCACGAUGGUAUUGUGAUUCUGGAGAGUCCUGCCCAUCCUGUGACUGAGGGAGAUCCUCUGACUCUGCGCUGUAGAUAUCGCUACCAGCCAUCAAACAUCAGUGCUGACUUCUAUAAAGAUGGGACACUCCUGCAGACCUCCACCACAGGAGAGAUGACCAUCCCUGCAGUCUCAAAGUCACAUGAAGGCCUCUAUAAGUGCAGGAUCCCAGAGAGAGGAGAGUCACCAGAGAGCUGGACCACAGUAAAGGAAAAAACAAAGACAGUUCUUAGAGGACCUUCACAGACCUGGCUGACUGAAGGAGACUCAGUGACUCUGAGCUGUGAGGUCAAAGGCUCCACUACAGGCUGGAGAUUCCACUGGUACAAGACUGCCUCCUACAGGCCUGAGUUGACAUAUAUCAUACAUGAAAACAGAGGAUAUUCUAUAGAGCUGGUGUCAGACAGCAUCAGAGCUGGAGGCUCUUACACUCUCAGCCCUGCUGCUCUUAGACACACAGGGGUUUAUGUGUGCAGAGCAGAGAGAGGAGAGCCAGCCUAUCACACAGAGUUCAGCCAACUUCAGCCUCUCUGGGUCACAGGUCUUUCGCCUCAAGCGUCUCUGGUUGUACAUCCCAAAGAAAAUCAACAUUUUACUCAUGAGUCUCUCUCUCUGAGCUGUGAGGGGAACGGGAACUCAACUGGAUGGACACUGAGAUGGCUCUCAAAUCGAAUGUUGCGUAAGAUGUGUCCCACUGACUGGAGAUCAGAAACUGGAUUCAGCUGCAGCAUCAGCUCAGCAUCUUCAUCAGACAGUGGAGUGUACUGGUGUCAGUCUGAGUGUGGAGAGCACAGUAACCCUGUCAACAUCACCGUGCACAAUGGUGAUGUGAUCCUAGAGAGUCCUGUCCAUCCUGUGACUGAGGGAGAUCCUCUGACCCUGCGCUGUAGAUAUCGCUACCAGCCAUCAAACAUCAGUGCUGACUUCUAUAAAGAUGGGACACUCCUGCAGACCUCCACCACAGGAGAGAUGACCAUCCCUGCAGUCUCAAAGUCACAUGAAGGCCUCUAUAAGUGCAGGAACCCAGAGAGAGGAGAGUCACCAGAGAGUUGGGUCACAGUAAAGGUGUCGGCUCCACAUUCUGGAUUAUUUUUGCUGGUAAUUGUGGGCCUAGUUGUUGGACUGGUGAUCAUCUUUGGCUUCAUAAUAAUACUGCUUCUGAUCCAUCGCUUCAAAAAGCCAAAUGGUAUGGGUACACAAACAACACAAUCAUCUGUGUCACCCUCUAGUGGUCAAAAGCAGGAAAGUACCAUACAUGGAUCUACCCAGGAUCAGAGUCAGCCUACAGGAAGUGAUGGGGCCCAGUCAGAGGGUAUACUACUGCAAGCAGGCAUUACAGAUGAUGUCUAUGAGACCAUCUCAACACAACACCCUCUGCAACAUGCCUCUGCAAUACAUGGCUCUGCAAGUAAUGAAGAGGAAUGCAAUGACAUGCCGUCUCAAAACCAUGGAGUACAAGCACGAGUGGAACUCCUCAGACAGAUUUUGACUGGAGUCUGACAAAGAAUAUACAUUUAAAUACCCAAACAAAUGCUGAGACAUACCGAAUGAAUUCGUAUGUAUCCCCCAAAUGAUAAGGUUUUACAUACUGUAUAUGUCCGAUGGUUUUGGUUAUUGAUUGCUGGCAACUUCUCGAUCAUAUAAAUGUUUCGAUGUGUUUCAGCUUAGCCUAGGGUUUACUGGUGUUGAUUUGCCAUUUUUGCAUUUGAUAUGCAUGUCCCUGUGGCUGUGAAGUACUGACAUUUAACCAUCAACUAGAUUGUACAAUUCUGAUUAAAAA